CCUUCACAAAUGCUGAUUGAUGCUGAUGAAAUCCCUUGUCGGUCCGGUCGGCGGAGGCCCCACACUGCUCCCUUAUCCAGCCCAGCCCCCCACUCGCAUACACAAAUCGGUAUCGACAGAAUGUCUCUCGUGUCGUCCAUCCAUCCAUCCAUCCAUCCACCUCUCUGCCCCCACAGACAUGACACAUACUUCGUUCGCAGACACAGAUAGAUAGCCACAGAUAGAGAAAAACUCCAUGGGACCACCCACAGCUGUACAGGCAUCGCAUCACCACCGGCCCGGCCUAGCCUGUUGGCUUGUAGGCCAGCACAUUUCGAUGCCUGUGGUUGGCCGCCUGGUACUCGACACCGUGGAAACCCAGUGACCGCAUCGCGCCCUCCAUGUCGAACUCAUAGUACUGACAGACAGGAACACACAACACAACACAACACAACACACGGACCCCUGCCUGCUACCAAGUGGGCAUGGCAUUUUCCCCUCCCUCCCACCGCUCCUCCUCACUCACCUGAUCGCUCCAUGGCUCGGUGCUCUUCAUCAGCGUGAAUAGCAGGGGAGGCAGAUUCUGCAGCAACCAACACACCACAGCCACAUCCAUCCAUCCAUCCAGUCACAAUUUGGGUUGGGUGCCUGCGUCCAUCCAUCACACCGACCCUCAGUGUCUGGCUCCUGGGGUCAGUAUCGUGCACCACCAGCACCCCGCCAGGCUUCAGCACCCUGUACGCCUCCUUCAGCGUCGCCUGGAUGGCGUGCUGGGGCAUCUCGUGGCAAAGGAACCACACAACCAUCAAAUCGACAGAGUCGGCCGCAUCCGGCAGGUCCUCUGCCUUGGCGUGCACCCACUGGAUGGGGGGGGCGUCGGCGGCCAGCCAGCUGCCCUCGUCCGCACCCACCGGCCCUUCAAGUUUCGCCGUCUUGGCCUCCUUCUCGCGCAUCUGCGCGACCGCCAGAAAGUGCGGCGAGAGAUCGACGCCAGCAAGGUCGGCACGUGGGAAUGCGUUGCGGAGAUAGCGCGUGGAGAGCCCGACGGAGCAGCCAACGUCCAGGAUGCGACCAUUGGUACCCUGACAGACCGCACAGCAGGACACGAACACAAAUGCAUGAUCAUUCUCUUUCCGCGCUGUGUGGGGGUCAUCACCUGGUUGGUCAGUGUGUUGUAGACACCCCCCAGCUGAACAACAGACAGACAGCACAAGGGUGUGACAUGGCCUGGCACAGCCGCGGAGCGGACAGGUGUGGUCGAUGCUUACCUGUUGUCGGUGUCGCUCCGCGAAGUCUCGGACGGCGUCGGUGACUUCGGCCCGCACCCGCUGCUGCGCUGCUGGCGGUGUGAGGCCCUCCUUCGGCCAUAUCCUCAUGCUCCUAGGAGGCGCACACCCAAGAAUAAAGACAGACGCACCGGAUGACACACAUAAAUGAAGAACAAAUGGCCUGACGAUCACUCACAUGACGUACGCCGCACUCUCUGCCUCAGAAGCAGCCUGCCAACCGUGCCAAGACACACACACACCACACCACACCACACAGGGGAUCGCGAUGUGCAUAUGCAUCUAGCUACGGGCGUGGCCAUUCCUUCCGCUGACAAACCAGCCAGUUGAGGUUGCCAGGGCUGUCGUAGCCGUGGAACGACUCUCUGUAGUAGUCGGGGUAGGCGAUGUUCCCAUCGACGGCCCUCAUGGCACUCUCCAGCUCUGCCCGCACCUGUGGCUGCGCCAUUCUCUCCACCUCCUUGGACCACGCUAUGCCGUUGUCCUCGGCUGUCGAUAUCAUGGCCUGCAGACAGACAGACAGCGGCACGAUGACAAACAUACAAGUUGACUGGCAGUGGCAGUCAUCGUAUCGAGCUGCUGACCGACCCGUCUUGCGCCGAGCUUUGCAAUGCCGCCAAGCACUUUGUUGUUGAUGACCGCGUUGACGACGUCUGACAGCAUGCUCUUGCCAGCCCAUGGAGGCUGCAGCAGACAAUAGAUACACACAGAUUGGUGCAGUCACAGGCCUCAUUGUCAUGAGAUCUGCAUGCUUCCGACCUUCUCAGCUGACGCAUCUGCGACUGCGGCGAGACGGUGAGGCCUCUGCUGCCGGCUGAUGCAGCUCCUCCCAUGUCUGCAGAUGCCGGCCGGCGCUGUGAAGGCGUGCGAGAGGGAUGGUACGAAGAUCAAGACCAGAAAGCAAAGAUGCACGGCUGAUGGGAUCAUUAUAGCUGUUGGUUGGCAAGGUUGGUUGUAAU